CGCCGCCAGGCUCCCCCUCCUCACUGCACUGAACGAAAAACGGCAGCAAGCCGCCCGCCCACGCCCACGCCCACGCCCACGCCCCGCCCACCGACCCGACAAAAAUGCCGGGGAUGUUGGCGGCGCAGUUUACGGCUCUCUCUCUAUCCCAGUCACCUUCGCCACAGUCCAGCUUACGCCUUGCCAUCCGCCCUUCGCUGGCGGCGAGGGCCCGCUUUGUCGCUCCGCGGACAGCAGCCUCUGCGGCCGCCGUAUCCGCUAAACCGGCGGCGGUUUCGUCUCCCCUAAUUGAGGACCGCACUGUCGUCCGUAUCGGGCUCCCCAGCAAGGGCCGCAUGGCCGAGCAAACCCUAAGCCUCCUCAAGAGUUGCCAGUUGUCGGUGAGGCAGCUCAACCCGCGGCAGUACACUGCAGAUAUCCCGCUGAUUCCAAAUUUGGAGGUUUGGUUUCAAAGGCCUAAGGACAUUGUUCGUAAACUUCAGUCAGGCGAUCUUGACCUUGGUGUUGUGGGUUUUGACAUAGUUAGUGAAUAUGGAAACGGCAAUGAGGAUUUAGUGGUCGUUCAUGAUGCUCUUGAGUUUGGACAUUGUCGUUUGUCCCUUGCGGUACCUAAGGAAGGCAUUUUUGAGAACAUACAUACUAUGGAAGAUUUGCUAAAGAUGACUGAAUGGACAGAAGAAAGGCCACUACGUGUUGUUACUGGAUUUGGAUAUCUAGGCAAUAAGUUCUUAAGAGAGAAAGGUUUUAAGCAUGUUCGUUUUUUAUCUGCCGAUGGAGCUCUUGAGUCAUAUCCUCCUAUGGGUAUGGCUGAUGCUAUUGUGGAUCUCGUGAGUAGCGGAACGACCUUGCGUGAGAAUAACCUAAAGGAAAUUGAUGGUGGAGUAGUUCUGGAAAGCCAGGCCACUCUUGUAGCAAGUAGGAAAUCUCUGCACAAGCGUAAAGGUGUGCUGGAGGUUACUCAUGAGUUGCUUGAAAGAUUAGAAGCUCACCUAAGAGCAACUGCAGAAUUAAUGGUCACCGCAAACAUGAGGGGCAACAGCGCAGAAGAAGUGGCAGAGAGAGUUCUUAGCCAAACAUCAAUAUGGGGAUUGCAGGGCCCGACUGUAAGUCCUGUCUAUCGCAGACGUGAUGGAAAAGUUGAUGUGGAAUACUAUGCCAUUAAUGUGGUUGUUCCACAGAAGUUGCUUUACAAAUCUAUCCAACAACUGAGAUCAAUUGGUGGCAGUGGAGUCUUGGUAACAAAGCUGACCUACAUAUUCGACGAGGAGACGCCAAGGUGGCGCAAUCUCCUCUCGGAGCUGGGGUUGUAACUUGGGCGCAUGGUCAACUUCGGGUCUCUUCUACAAGUUCCCAUAUGUACUGCACCACAUUCGUUUGUCAGUACCGAAGCAUGUAAACCCAUAUGCAGAAGUGAGACCGUGUGGUAUCUGUUUUGUACCUCUUCGCUUCAGGAAAUUUUGGCCUGUAUCUUGACCAUCUGAGAUGUAUUGAUAGAGUUGGGUAAUGCUGUUGGGCGUAUGUGUAUUUCUUGUGCGGUUGUGCCUGACUUCUCUUGCCGGGGCACUGAAUAAUCGGCCAUGUUUGAAUAAAGAAAGCCGGUAUGGUUCUCAUU